AUGACUGUUGAUGUUGUAAACACCAUUGCUACACCCACUGUUGAUGUUGUAAACACCAUUGCUACACCCACUGUUGAGGUUACAAACACCAUUGCUACACCCACUGUUGAUGUUGUAAACACCAUUGCUACACCCACUGUUGAUGUUGUAAACACCAUUGCUACACCCACUGUUGAUGUUGCAAACACCAUUGCUACACCCACUGUUGAUGUUGUAAACACCAUUGCUACACCCACUGUUGAUGUUGUAAACACCAUUGCUACACCCACUGUUGAUGUUGUAAACACCAUUGCUACACCCACUGUUGAUGUUGUAAACACCGUUGCUACACCCACUGUUGAUGUUGUAAACACCGUUGCUACACCCACUGUUGAUGUUGUAAACACCAUUGCUACACCCACUGUUGAUGUUGUAAACACCGUUGCUACACCCACUGUUGAUGUUGUAAACACCGUUGCUACACCCACUGUUGAUGUUGUAAACACCGUUGCUACACCCACUGUUGAUGUUGUAAACACCGUUGCUACACCCACUGUUGAUGUUGUAAACACCAUUGCUACACCCACUGUUGAUGUUGUAAACACCGUUGCUACACCCACUGUUGAUGUUGUAAACACCAUUGCUACACCCACUGUUGAUGUUGUAAACACCAUUGCUACACCCACUGUUGAGGUUGUAAACGCCAUUGCUACACCCACUGUUGAGGUUGUAAACACCAUUGCUACACCCACUGUUGAGGUUGUAAACGCCAUUGCUACACCCACUGUUGAGGUUGUAAACACCAUUGCUACACCCACUGUUGAGGUUGUAAACACCAUUGCUACACCCACUGUUGAGGUUGUAAACACCAUUGCUACACCCACUGUUGAUGUUGCAAACACCAUUGCUACACCCACUGUUGAUGUUGUAAACACCGUUGCUACACCCACUGUUGAUGUUGUAAACACCAUUGCUACACCCACUGUUGAUGUUGUAAACACCAUUGCUACACCCACUGUUGAUGUUGUAAACACCAUUGCUACACCCACUGUUGAGGUUGUAAACACCGUUGCUACACCCACUGUUGAUGUUGUAAACACCGUUGCUACACCCACUGUUGAUGUUGUAAACACCGUUGCUACACCCACUGUUGAUGUUGUAAACACCGUUGCUACACCCACUGUUGAUGUUGUAAACACCAUUGCUACACCCACUGUUGAGGUUGUAAACGCCAUUGCUACACCCACUGUUGAGGUUGUAAACACCAUUGCUACACCCACUGUUGAGGUUGUAAACACCGUUGCUACACCCACUGUUGAGGUUGUAAACACCGUUGCUACACCCACUGUUGAUGUUGUAAACACCGUUGCUACACCCACUGUUGAUGUUGUAAACACCGUUGCUACACCCACUGUUGAUGUUGUAAACACCGUUGCUACACCCACUGUUGAUGUUGUAAACACCGUUGCUACACCCACUGUUGAUGUUGUAAACUUCUCCACAACGCAGCGCUUUUGCUUGUUUUUUUUGCUGCAAAAUAUGGCACAAAAAACCUGCGGGUUCUGGUGUUAUUGUUGA